CGGGGACGUCACAUAAACUCGCGGUGACGUCAGGAGCAGCUACUGAGCAUGCCCAGCGGCAGCAGCCUUCACGUUUCUCCGAGCCUGUCAAACACAGCCAACAUGGCGGACUGGGACGCCGAGACCUUCGAGCCAGAGGAGCCGCUUAAAAAGGCGGCAGUUGUUGUUGCAGUUAUGGACAAAUGGGAAGGCGAAGACGAAGAGGAAGAUGUUAAGGAUAACUGGGAUGAUGAUGAGGAGGAAGAUGAUGAGAAGAAAAAGGAGGAGGCGAAGAAACCAGAGACGAAAGUUUCUGAUAAGAAAAGGUUAAGUGAAAAGAUCAAAGAGAAGGAAAACCGGUUAAAGAAGAAACAGCAGGAGUUGCAAGAGCAAGAACAAGAGGAACUAACUCCUGAAGAACAACUUGCAGAAAAGUUAAGAGUGAAAAAACUACAGGAAGAGGCUGACUUGGAGUUAGCAAAAGAUGCUUUUGGUGUUGGCAGUGUCACCGGCAUUGAUGCCAUGUGUCCAUCCUCCAAAGAAGAAUUCACAGAAUUUGAAAAAGUGCUGAAAGAAAAGAUAUCCCAGUUUGAAAAGUCUGUGCAUUAUUCAAGUUUUUUGGAAUCGUUGUUUCGGGAACUUUGUAUUUCAUUGGAAGUAGAGGACUUAAAGAAAGUCAGUAAUUCCCUUUCGGUUCUACUUAGUGAAAAACAGAAACAAGAAAAACAAAACAAGGGAAAGAAGAAGAAGAAAGGUGUUAUAGCUGGAGGCGGUUUGAAAGCACAGCUGAGAGAUGACCUUGACUAUGCAGAGUUUGAUGGUGGUUACGCCCAAGACUAUGAGGACUUCAUGUGACGAUGGCUCCGUCACUGCUGUCUUCUCUCUCCCAUCUUCAGAACUACAGCUGUACCUUCUCAUGCUGUCCAGUGCCAUCCUGGAAAAUCUGAACUGUGUGUUGCCCCCUUCAAUUUUGCUUCAGUGACCUGAGGGACCAAGGCAGGGAGCAUCCAGUCUGGCCCCUUCACAUUCUUACUUAAGGAACUGCCUUUUGUCUCAUUCAGCCACAAUUGACACACAAAACAUGGAGUGUGCUGUGUGACCCAGCUUCAGAAGAAAAUACAUGGAAAGCACUGUUUGAAUUUUGCAGAGCUGUUUUCUUAUUAAAACAUUGCUCCCGUCUAAAAAAAAAAAAGUGCAAAUACAGUAUCACAAUUGAGUGUAAUGACAUAGAAACAAGAUUCUAUGCAAAUCUUUAACCAGAAUGUCAUGGGCAUAUUACAGCCACUCUUUUCUGUGGAUGGGCUUUCACAGGAAAGUAUAUAGUCUAUACUUUGGUUGCCAAAAGCAGAGCAAUUAUUUAGUAUGUUAUUCAUUCUUCUUUCUGGAAAUGUUGGAUUGUGGGUAAUUUGAGACAGGCGCAAUUAGUAAUUUUAAAGAGCAAAUAAGGUUGAUUGUAAGAUAAAAAGGGAUAGAGUAUAACAAUGUGACUUUAAGACUGCUCAGCCAUUCUCUUGAUACAUCUCUGGAAUAAAGAAAUAUAAGUAUUUUUCAUGCAUGUCAAAUGCAAUUUACUAAUUUGAUUUCUAUUAAUGCAGAAGAGGUAUAGAUCAGGCAAGUGAAUGAACUUGUUCAUGGUCUGUUAGUUGCUUCUGUGGGCUUGUAUCAAGUGAGGUGAGGGAUGCAGCUUCUGGGCUUCACUUCCCCAAAGACUGCAAAUGGGGUACAUCUAGUUUUAAGGGGCAUACUUCUAUUCUUUUCUAGCAGUUGACCAGUUUGAAAUGUUACAUAGAGAAUUGGAUACAUGCAAUGUUAAAGAUAAAAGUAUCUGUUUUUAAGCAUCUAAUUUAAUAAAUUACUGGUCAAAAGUAAA